GAAUAUUCCUUAAGAUUUACGAUAGAGAGAGAGAGAAGCUGAAGACGGUGUAAGCGAGACGAGAGAGAGUCGCAGUUGAAGUCAAAUCGCAAAACACAUACCAAAGCGGUUAACUCUUCAUCCGAUCUGAACGAUGCCUUCCCGUAGAAGAACGCUCUUGAAAGUCAUCAUUCUCGGUGACAGCGGGGUGGGGAAGACGUCUUUGAUGAAUCAAUAUGUGAAUAAGAAGUUUAGUAAUCAGUACAAGGCAACCAUUGGAGCUGACUUCUUAACCAAAGAAGUGCAAUUUGAAGAUAGGCUUUUCACCUUACAGAUUUGGGAUACAGCUGGCCAGGAGAGAUUCCAAAGCCUAGGAGUUGCUUUCUAUCGUGGGGCUGAUUGCUGUGUUCUUGUAUACGAUGUUAAUUCAAUGAAAUCAUUUGACAACCUUAACAACUGGAGGGAGGAAUUUCUGAUUCAAGCAAAUCCUUCCGAUCCAGAGAAUUUUCCUUUUGUUGUUAUAGGAAACAAGAUCGACAUUGAUGGUGGGAACAGUAGAGUGGUUUCAGAAAAGAAGGCUCGGGCAUGGUGUGCAGCAAAAGGAAAUAUCCCAUAUUUUGAGACAUCUGCCAAAGAAGGUAUUAAUGUCGAGGAAGCAUUCCAAACCAUAGCAAAGGAUGCCCUGAAAAGCGGGGAAGAGGAAGAAUUAUACCUGCCAGACACAAUUGAUGUUGGAAACAGCAAUCAGCCAAGGUCAUCAGGAUGUGAGUGCUGAGCAUAUAGAUAGAUUCUUCUCAAUACAAAUAAAGUAUAUUAUUUUAAAAUCACUUUGGCAUGUCUAGCCGUUGCUGUCUAUGAGGUUUCAUUGUACAUUUGUGUUUGAUCAAGAAACAUAUUGUUUUAGUGCGAUUUGUUGGGUACUUGUUUGUUUUGUGUUAAUCGAUCAUGUCCGUUGUUCUCCUUGUAUGCUAUUUCAACAUUGUGUAAAAAGAAAAAAGCAAGGGAUCAUUCUGAAGUUAUUUCAUUGCUUA